AUCAAUUGGUAAUUUAUCUAUUUACACAUCAUCAUAAAUGAAUAUUGACAAUACAACAAAUAGCAAAAUUUUUGAUAACGAAUUUCAUUCGAAUUACUUCAGAUUUUGAUUUUUUUUCUGACUUACUUUCAUAAAUAAAAUAAUUAUGUUUUCUUUGUUCAAAGUCAACUUUGUUCCAAAAAUUCUAAAAUUCCAUUUUAUUUAGUUCCGCCCAUUGUUUUCUCGUUUAGGGCAAAAACAUUCUUUUACGCCGCUUUUCAUGGAAUUACACUACUGUGUCACAUUGAAGGUUCCAUGAUAACCGCCGUACGAACACGUCUGCGGAUGUUUCCAAAUUCAAAAUUCCACCAUUUUCGUGUUAAAUGUUGUAUUCUGCUUAAGCCGGUGCUAGGGGGCGUGGACGGUAACUUGCCUUUCCAGUACCGUCCAUGAACAGGCUCAAUCAAACCGAGCCUGCAACAUUUUCAAUUUUGUUGUGUUGGACUUUCGUUAGGGAUUCUGCUUUUCUCUAUUUUAUUUUGUUAACUGGUUAUAAGAAUAGUUUUUCACAAGGUGUGUAAGCUACAGGUUAGGUUUGUUCCGGUCUUAUUCCUACAAGCAGCAACCUCACAAUAAUUUCGAUUUGCUGUACCCGGACUUAUCUGAGUUUUCGUAAAUAGCUUGUGCACAAAACACAGACCAUUUGUUAAUAUGUUUCGAAACCCGGGGACCGUAUGCUCAAGCAUUUCCAGGGUCACAACCAUAUUUCUUCAUUCAACAUCAGUGUUGGUAAGUUUUUUAAGGAAGUGGACCACGCAGCGAUUUAAAUCAGCUUAAAACUUUCACCAAUUGAGCUAAGAAAUAACUUUUAAUAUAAGGAUCAUGGUGUGUUUGAUUUCGACAGGUUUCUGGGCCGACAGUUUUCUCAUCAUAUAAUGUUGUACACAAAAACUUCACGGGACAGACAUCGUUCCGAUCAUGGUAUGUUUUAUUCCGGGGAAGACAUUGGUUUGUCCUGGUAUGUUUUAUUCGGACAGCUUCAGUCACCAUGCCAUGUUUUAUUUAGACAGGUUCCUGGACAGACAUUGUUCUUAUCAUGGUUUGUUUUAUUUAAUUAUUUUUCGGGGCAGACAUUAUUCCGAAACAUGGUCCGGGAUAUGCAUUGUUCUGAACAUUGCAUGUUUUAUUUAGACAUUUCCUGGGCAGACAGUGCUUUCUUCAUGGUAAGCUUUUCAUGAACAAGUUUCGGGUAAGACAUUGAUCUAAUAAGGCACCUCUUAUAAGGAUAUGUUUUAUUUUGACAGGUUCCGUGGCAGACAUUGUUCUGACAAUGAUAUCUUUAUUUAGACAGGUUCCGGGGCAGAAAUUUAUCUGUACUUCGUUAUCGCAUGUUUUUAAGACAUAUUAAGGGGCAGAUAUUAUUCACGUCAUGUAUGUUUCAUUUAGACAGGUUCCGGGGCCGACGUUGUUCUGAAGACAACAGAUCGUUUUGUGGAGAAGAUAUUGACAACAUCCAAAAAUGUCACUGCUGAGAUAUCAAAGUCUAAUUUAUAUUUAAAGAUGGCGUCUGUACAAUCAUGUAACGAAACUCUUAAUUUCCCUGAUCGCGGAAAAGAAGGUGUCUCAGAGUGGGCUAGAUCAAGGAAAGACUUGCUCGUUAUUGACUGUGACAGCACCGUUGAAUCCUUUAGUGGAAUCAUGUACAGAAAUUUAUCACUGAUAAUACCAUCAUCAAGUAACAACACUUACAGCAUUAUGUCCGAAGGUCUUCAGCUAAAUGCCCCAGUCAUAUCAUUUACAUUUUACCCCAACAUUAAGCGACAACUUAUUAGCCCAGUUGAAAUUCAAUUUCAGUUGUAUAACAAUUUGUUGGAUAAUGCGAGGUGUUCUUUUUGGAAGGAGUCAAAAAGCGAAACAUCACAAGGCUACUGGUCAGAUGAGGGAUGUCGACUGAAAAAAUAUGACAAAGACGAAGAAAUUGUUAUGUGCGUUUGCGACCAUCUUACUAAUUUUGCUGUGCUUAUGAGUCCAUCCAAGAAACCGAUACAGGAGGAACAUUAG